AGUUGGUGUUGAGUAACUCGCUUCAAAGUUGUGAAUUGCUGUCGAAUUCGUUUCCCACGUUCAAACAACGGCGCGGUCUUGGCCCAUCCCAGUAAAAGCAAGGCAGGAGACUGAACUGACGGUGACCUGCCAGUGCCUGCGAGACUGGACUUGAACCAUCUCCAUAAAAAAAACCCUCAAGUCGCCAAAAUGGAAAAUGGAGGUGACAACAACACAAUCUAGAGUGAAGGGGAUGUCGUCAGACAUCCCGAGGCCAGAAUUGGCACAACAAAAAGCCGUACAACCUUUGGUGCACUUGGUUGCUGGAGCGAGCGGAGGCUUGGUCACCUCGAUCUUAACCUCUCCCCUCGAUGUGUUGAAAACGCGCCUCCAAUCCGACCUGUACCGGAUUCCCUCCGCCAGCGGGGCGCACGCACUGCAUGCCGAAGCAACGCCCGCCGUUGUCGGCCGCCUCGGCGCGCCGUUACGGCACGUUCGGGAGACGGCCCAAAUCUUCGGAUUGAUACACCGCACCGAAGGCUGGCGCGCCUUUUUCCGAGGCCUCGGGCCAAGUCUAUCGGGCAUCGUCUCUGCAACGGCCGUCAAGUUCUACGUGUACGGGAACUGCAAAACCCUCGGGGCGCGCCUGCUGAACCGCCAAGAGGACGCCGCCGUCGUCCACGCCCAGGCCGCCGUCGCCGCGGGCAUCGCAACAUGCACCGCCACCAACCCCAUCUGGCUCGUCAAGACCCGACUCCAGCUCGACGCAUCACGGGCCCAGGCGGCCGGCGGCGGGGCGGCGGCGAGGCGGUACAAGAACAGCCUGGACUGCGUGCGGCAGGUCCUGCAGCAGGAAGGGGUUCGCGGGUUAUACAGGGGCCUGGGCGCGAGCUACUUCGGCGCGGCCGAGACGGCCCUGAACCUCGUCAUCUACGAGCAGCUCAAGUCGUUCUCUCUCGAGGCGCUGGGGGGUGCCAGGACGGAGGACGCCACCACCUGGGGCGAGGUCAAGCACUGGAUCAGCACCAGCGGCGCCGCGGGGGCGGCCAAGCUGGUCGCGACGCUGGCCACAUAUCCCUACGAGGUCAUAACGACGAGGUUGCGCCAGCCGAUGGAGAACGGAGCGCCCCGGUACGUCGGCCUCGUCCAUUGCGUGCGCUCGAUCACGGCCGGGGAGGGCUGGUCGGGGCUGUACGGCGGCCUGACGCCGCACCUGAUGCGCUCCAUCCCGGCCUCCAUCGUCACCAUGAGCGUUUACGAAUUUGUUUUGCGGUGGGCUGGCGCGUGAGCUGCAUGGUGGGGUGGAGGAAGGAGACAAAAGUCUCCAUUUCUCCGCUCAUUCUUUUUACGUUUGAGAGAGGUCGAGUAACAAGUGCUCUCUCGUGGUGGCAUUCAUGCAUAAGACGAUUAGAAGGAGCAUCGAGGCAGGUGAUGGUUCACGGGCAAUAUCAUACAUAGAGAUGGAUUGGGUAAUGUAAUGAAUGACUUGACGAACAAUCUACUCCCUGUUCAGAUCAUG